CCCCAGAGUGGGGGGGCAGGGAAGCCCACAGUGGUGCGAGCUCCGGGGGCUGCCCGCGGUGGCAGUCCCUGCCCACCUAGCUGGGACCCUAGAUCGUUCUGUAAGCAACUUGGAGCCAGAGAGGAGGAGACCAACAGGGAGGAGAGAGCCAGGCCCCUCAGACCAGCCACCCGGCAGCAGCCUGUGCCCAGCGGACACCGGAGGCCAGACUCAGGGCGGCCCCUCCUGGCAACUCUGCUCCUCCCUAAGGAUGCUUUGGGAGUGAGGCGAGGCGAGGCCGCCUGCUCCUCACCCGUGCAGCACCCCCUCCCGCUCUCCUACGUCUCAGGGAGCUUGCAAGGCUCCUGCCUGCCCUUCAACCCAGCUGUUGCCCAUCUCAGGUCCAGCAAAGUCUUUCUGAUACCUGGGAGAGGGCAGUAAGGCAGACUUCCUGGAGGGGGUGACAGCCCACAGCCUGGAACCCUGCCUACAACAGAAGCCAUGAGCAGAGAGCUCUCUGUCUCCCUCUUGGACAGGACCUUCUGUGGAAUCUUGGGCAAACUUCUUUCCUUCUCAGAGCCUUGGUUUCCCCAUUUGGACACCGGAUGUGGAGGACAUCAUGCAGCUUCCAGGUGUGAUGCCAGCUCUGGUCCUCAGAGGCCGGUUGCUGUUGCUGCCCAUGCUAUUGCUGCUAGGUCCACAGACCUCCCAGGGCCUGACCAUCAUGCCCCCAGGGCCAGAGCUUGUACUUAAUCUCUCCAGUACCUUUGUUCUGACCUGCCUGGGUUCAGCUCCAGUGGUGUGGGAACGGCUGUCUCAGGUGCCUCAGCAGAAAGUGUCCAGGACCCAGGAGGGCACCUUCUCCAGCAUGCUAACCCUGGCCAAUGUCACUGGAGGUGACACAGGAGAGUACUUUUGUACCUACAACAGCUCCCUUGGGCGGGAGCCCAGUGAGCAGAAGCGGCUCUACAUCUUUGUGCCAGAUCCCACCAUGGGCUUCCUCCCUAUGGAGCCGGAGGACCUAUUCAUCUUUCUCACGGAAAUAACUGAGACCACAAUUCCAUGCCGAGUGACAGACCCCCAGCUAGUGGUGACACUGCAUGAGAAGAAAGAGGACAUCCCGCUGCCUAUCCCUUAUGACCACCAACGAGGCUUCUCUGGUACCUUUGAGGACAAGACCUACAUCUGCCGAACCACCAUUGGGGAGAGGGAAGUGGAUUCCGAUGCCUAUUACGUCUACAGCCUCCAGGUUUCCUCCAUCAAUGUCUCAGUGAAUGCAGUGCAGACUGUGGUUCGCCAGGGUGAGAACAUUACCAUCAUGUGCAUUGUGACGGGGAAUGAGGUGGUCAAUUUUGAGUGGACCUACCCCCGCAUGGAGAGUGGGCGCCUCGUAGAGCCAGUGACAGAUUUCCUCUUUGAUGUGCCCUCCCACAUUCGCUCCAUCCUGCACAUCCCCAAUGCUGAGCUGGAUGACUCAGGGACCUACAUCUGCAAUGUGUCAGAGAGUGUGAAUGACCAUCGAGAUGAAAAGGCCAUCAAUGUCACUGUGGUCGAGAGCGGCUACGUGCGGCUUCUGCGAGACCUGGGCGCUAUACAAAUUGCUGAGCUGCACAGGAGUCGGACACUACAAGUGGUGUUCGAAGCCUACCCGCCACCUACUGUGCUGUGGUUCAAGGACAACCGCACCCUGGGCGAUUCCAGCGCCGGCGAGAUCGCCCUGUCCACGCGCAAUGUGUCUGAGACCCGGUAUGUAUCGGAACUGACACUGGUGCGAGUGAAGGUGGCAGAGGCUGGCUACUAUACCAUGCGGGCCUUCCAUGAGGAUGCUGAGGCCCAGCUUUCCUUCAAGCUGCAGGUCAAUGUCCCUGUCCGUGUGCUGGAGCUGAGCGAGAGUCACCCUGCCAACGGGGAGCAGACAGUCCGCUGUCGUGGCCGAGGCAUGCCCCAGCCAAAUAUCACCUGGUCUACCUGCAGAGACCUCAAAAGGUGUCCACGCGAGCUGCCGCCCACACCACUGGGGAACAGUUCCGAGGAGGAAAGCCAGUUGGAGACUAAUGUGACAUACUGGGCGGAGGAGCAGGAAUAUGAGGUGGUGAGCACGCUGCGCCUGCGCCACGUGGAUCAGCCACUGUCGGUGCGCUGCAUGCUGCACAACCCACUGGGCCAGGAUGUGCAGGAGGUUACCGUGGUGCCGCAUUCCCUCCCCUUCAAGGUGGUGGUGAUCUCAGCCAUCCUGGCCUUGGUGGUUCUCACAAUCAUCUCCCUCAUCAUCCUCAUCAUGCUCUGGCAGAAGAAGCCACGCUAUGAGAUUCGAUGGAAGGUGAUUGAGUCUGUGAGCUCUGAUGGCCAUGAGUACAUCUAUGUGGACCCCAUGCAGCUGCCCUACGAUUCCACCUGGGAACUGCCACGGGACCAGCUUGUGCUUGGACGCACCCUCGGCUCUGGGGCCUUUGGGCAGGUGGUGGAGGCCACAGCUCAUGGCCUGAGCCAUUCCCAGGCCACCAUGAAAGUGGCUGUCAAGAUGCUGAAAUCCACAGCCCGCAGCAGUGAGAAGCAAGCCCUCAUGUCAGAGCUGAAGAUCAUGAGCCACCUGGGGCCCCACCUGAACGUGGUCAACCUGCUGGGGGCCUGCACCCAGGGAGGCCCCAUCUACAUCAUCACCGAGUACUGCCGCUAUGGCGACCUGGUGGACUACCUGCACCGCAACAAGCACAGCUUCCUGCAGCACCACUCGGACAAGCACCGCCCACCCAGUGCCGAGCUCUACAGCAACGCCCUGCCCACGGGGCUCCCUCUGCCCAGCCACGUGUCCCUGACUGGGGAGAGCGAUGGUGGCUACAUGGACAUGAGCAAGGACGAGUCAGUGGACUACGUGCCCAUGCUGGACAUGAAAGGAGACGUCAAAUACGCAGACAUCGAAUCCUCCAACUACAUGGCCCCUUAUGAUAACUACGUCCCCUCUGCUCCUGAGAGGACUUGUCGGGCCACUUUGAUCAACGAGUCCCCAGUGCUUAGCUACACAGACCUUGUGGGCUUCAGCUACCAGGUGGCCAAUGGCAUGGAGUUCCUGGCCUCUAAGAAUUGUGUUCAUCGGGACCUGGCAGCCAGGAAUGUGCUCAUCUGUGAGGGCAAGCUGGUCAAGAUCUGUGACUUUGGCCUGGCUCGAGAUAUCAUGCGGGACUCAAACUACAUCUCCAAAGGCAGUACCUUCCUGCCUCUGAAGUGGAUGGCCCCGGAGAGCAUCUUCAACAGCCUCUACACCACCCUGAGCGAUGUGUGGUCCUUUGGGAUCCUGCUCUGGGAGAUCUUCACAUUGGGUGGCACCCCUUACCCGGAGCUGCCCAUGAACGAGCAGUUCUACAAUGCCAUCAAGCGUGGUUACCGCAUGGCGCAGCCGGCUCACGCCUCUGCUGAGAUCUACGAGAUCAUGCAGAAGUGCUGGGAAGAGAAGUUUGAGGUUCGGCCCCCCUUCUCCCAGCUGGUGCUGCUCCUUGAGAGGCUGCUUGGCGAGGGCUACAGAAAGAAGUACCAGCAGGUGGACGAGGAGUUUCUGAGGAGUGACCACCCAGCCAUCCUGAGGUCCCAAGCCCGCUUCCCUGGAUUCCACAGCCUCCGAUCUCCCCUGGACACCAGCUCUGUCCUCUACACUGCCGUGCAGCCCAGCGAGGGUGACAACGACUAUAUCAUCCCCCUGCCUGACCCCAAACCAGAGGCUGCUGAUGAGGGUCUGCUGGAGGGUUCCCCCAGCCUCGCCAGCUCCACCCUGAAUGAAGCCAACACCUCCUCUACCAUCUCCUGUGACAGUCCUCUCGACCCCCAGGAAGAACCAGAGCCAGAACCCCUGCCCCAGCCCCAGGGGGACUCCCAGAUGGAGCUGGAGCCACCAAUGGAUGCAGGCUGCCCUGGGCCUCGGGCCGAAGCAGAGGACAGCUUUCUGUAGGGGCUGGACCCCACUCUGUGCCACGAGAAGCUCCCCUUCUGCCACCAGGCCACAGCCCCCGGGCCUGGCAUCCUGUGAGCCAUGCUGCUCCUGCCAGCUGUCCCAUGUGGAAGGCUUCUGUCCCUGCCACACUGCUCCCCAAGCCCUGGGGCUGGCUCAGGAGGCCAGAGAACUGCAGGACCAUGCCCAGCCUCUGCCUCAGGGAGGCCAUGUGACUGAGCCACGGUCCCUCCCAGGGGACCCAGUUUCCCAAUGCACAAGAUGAGACAUUGAACUUGGUAGUUCACAGUCUACCUGGGAGUCUCCCUGGCUGACAACUGGGGAGGCUGGAAUCUGGGGGAGCUUCCUGGGGGAAUGGCGUAGUUAGUAACCUCGCUCUGUUCAGCCAACUGCCCCUCAAGGAGUCGCAGGCUUGUCCCCACACUUCCAUCUGCCCAGGAGCUGGGGAAGAAACCCCGGCACCCCUGGCUCCUGGCUGAGCUGGGCCUGCCCUGGCCAGUGUUGCUUCGCUCUGAAGCCACCUCCCCUGACACUAGUCUCUGCUUUCCCAGGCCCGAGCAGGUCUGGGCCAGCCAUGCUUAAUUAAUGCUGUAAUUAUUGCUGGGACUGAACCAAGUACAGCACUCCCCAGCCUGCAGACCCAGCCCAGGGCACUCGGGGCACACUGGCUGUGGACAGUGCCCAUAUCUUCCAGGCCCCUUGUGUUCUGAGGCUUUUUCUCAUCGUCCCUGGUUACAGGCCCAGCGGAUCCUACAUCUGAAACAAAUGUGUUGAUGUGCCAGCAUUAUGUCCACAUGUGUACACCAGUAGGUGGCCCUGACUCUGCAUUGAACCUGCUGUGACCUUGGAGGAAUCCCUUGCCCUCUCUGGGCCCAUUUUCCCCUUUGAAGAGUGAGCAAGUUGGACUCAUUCACUCUGAGUGCCCUGUCAACACUAAUAUUCUAGAAUAUUCCUGUGGUUUGCAUGCUUGUCCAGAUGAAGCAAGGUCAAGUACCCUAAACUUCCUAGUUGGGGGGCUGCUGGCCUCUGGGGAGAUUCCAAAUGACAUAUCACAGUCUGGACAUUCAGGUACGUGACCCUUCCUCUGCCCCAAAUGCAGCUGUGAUGACCUUGGCUUGGAGUACCCUGGAAAGCCCCAGCAGCUGCUCCAGGGACACAGGAGGACCACAAGACCCCCUUGAGGACCCACGAUGAACUCUGGAGAUAUCCUGGGCAAGGGGGCAGGGAGGGAGGUCAUUACCUCAUGCAGCCCAACAGUGCCCCCAAGGUAUUUGCAACAGACAGAAUGGACAGUAAGGACGGUUGUGUCCCAUGAAGAACAAGAGCCUCAGGACGUGCACCCCAGGAAAGGGGCACAAGAGGUGGGCACUUUGGAGGUUUCCUCCUUAACUGCCGGCUGCCCCAUCCUGGAGGGAGUACCUGGUGGAGUAGGGUCUUGUCACUGCCCAGGUGAUACCUCACUGUCCUGAAACCAGUGGGCAUUGGCCAUUACAGGGCAGUGAGGGAUAUGGUCACUUCGCCCAGGAGGGGGAGGGCUGGCCAGGGGAUAAGGCGAGGUCAGCCCUCCUGGACACAGUCACCAAGCUAGUUGGUGUCUCCCAACCCGAGGGCCCCAGAGACUCCCCAAGGAGAGAGGGGGAGUCAGUCUUCGCUACGGUACCAAAGAUAUAAUCACCUACGUUUACAAGUAUUUUUUAGGACUCACAUUAACUCACAUGUAUACAUCAAAGUGUUAUUUUGUAUGCUGUUCAGUUUUCCUAUCUGUGUACUUUUUUUUUAAGGGAAAGAUUUUAAUAUUAAACCGGGUGCUUCCA